GCGGCUCGGGCAGCCAUGGCGGCGGCCCCGCUGGCGGCUCCGGGAGGAGGCGGGGCGGCGGCGGCAGCGGCGGGGGGGGCCGGGAGCCGGAGGGGCCGCGGGCCGGCGCUGCGGGAGGGCGCGCGGGUUUCGGCGCUGUGCUUGGCCUGGUACGGGCUGAGCGCCGGCGGGAACGUGGUCAACAAGCUGCUGCUCGGCGGCUUCCCCCGGCCCGUCACCGUCUCGCUCUUCCACAUCCUGGGGCUGUGCGGACUCCUUCCGCCGCUGCUGCGCGCCUGGCGGGUCCCGCCGGCCGGCCCGGCCCAGCUGCCGCCCCGCGCCUACCCGCGCUACAUCCUGCCGCUCGCCUUCGGCAAAUACUUCGCCUCCGUCUCCGCGCACGUCUCGCUCUGGAGGGUCCCGGUCUCGUACGCGCACACGGUAAAAGCGACGAUGCCAAUAUGGGUGGUUCUUCUUUCGCGGAUCAUUAUGAAGGAGAAGCAGACGACGAAGGUGUACUUAUCUCUUAUUCCCAUAAUAACCGGUGUCCUGUUGGCCACGGUCACUGAGCUGUCCUUUGACAUGUGGGGACUCAUCAGUGCACUUGCUGCUACUCUGUGUUUUUCACUUCAGAAUAUCUUCUCAAAGAAGGUGUUGCGGGAUUCCCGAAUACAUCAUCUUCGGUUGCUGAACAUCCUGGGGUGCCAUGCUGUGUUCUUCAUGAUCCCAACGUGGGUUUUGGUUGAUCUUUCUUCCUUCCUGGUAGAGAAUGACUUGAGCACAAUGUCUCACUGGCCCUGGACCUUGAUGCUGCUCAUAAUCAGUGGGUUCUGUAACUUCGCCCAGAACGUCAUUGCCUUCAGUAUUCUUAACCUGAUCAGCCCACUGAGUUACUCUGUUGCGAACGCCACCAAAAGAAUCAUGGUGAUCACUGUGUCCCUUAUAAUGCUUCGCAAUCCAGUCACCAGCACCAACGUCCUUGGGAUGAUGACAGCUAUCCUAGGGGUCUUCUUAUACAACAAGACAAAAUACGAUGCAAACCAAGAAGCGAAGAAGCAGCUCCUUCCAGUCACAACUGCAGACCUUGUGAACCUGGACCGGCACCGCAGCGCUCCGGAGAAGUCUCAGAAUGGACUGACGGCGUUUGCCCCGCAUGGAGACUAUCAGUACGGCCAGCACAGCCGACAGAGCUGCCCGCCCGCCUACAACUUCAACCGUUUUGAUAUAUAGAAUCCUGACACGCAGGUAGAGACUGUGAUAUUAAAGUGUCCCCAGCAUUAUCAGAAACUUUUAGUACAUCCGUGAAUGUAAAGCCAUUUUAUUGUAAAGUUUUGCAGAAGGGAGGAUGCAUGUGUAGUGAAAGUGGUACAGACCUUCAGCUUCUGCUGAGCAGAUCUUUCAUUGUGAAGCAGCUGGAUUGGACACCGGACCUGAAUGCAGCGUAGCUCUCGUACAGGGAUUCGGAUGAAGUGCAGGUACAACAUUUCAGAGCAAAGCAUCUGCUGUCGCUGCUCCUUUUGGGAGCCUGUCAAUCGGUUACUCUUUUGGCAGCUAAACCCUGGCCAGUACCUCGUUUCCACACUGAUAGUGUCACUUUUAAUUUGUUCUCUACUGUUUUAAGAAUACUUACAUGAAAUUGUCAGGAAAAAAAGGGUGUAAAGCUGGUGAUCAGGAUUUGCCCGCUUGGGAGGAUUGUGUCGGUUGUGGAUAAGGAGCCUGGAGUUCAUCUUGAGCAAAUAUGAAACUUCAUGCGGGUGUUAAUUACCUCCAUGCCAAUGCCUUCAGUUUUUGAUGACAAACCAGAAGUAUUUCUGAAAGAACAGACAGUAGAGAUCCCUUCAAGCGACGCAUUUAAAGCAUAGAGAAACAGUUUUCUCUAAAAUCAUUGUUGUCCCAAACAGUGCAGAUAGCAGAAAUGGAGACUGAGAUCAUCGUUGUUUUCUCAGUAAUGCAGCCCUGUAAACUCAGACAUUUUUCUUCCUUGGCAGUGCAGGAAACCCCUGACAAAUAAAGCAUUUCUAAUAAUGCCUUUUUUUUUGCGUGCUUUACACCUCUUACAAAUCUGUCUUUGGGUCAGGAAUUGAAAGGCUUAAGGUAUUUUUGUCUAAGUUUUAAGCAUAAAUUUUGCUCCCUAAUAUGAUUCACAUUGUAAGAAUGCAUGAACAUGGUUAAUAAUUCUGCAUUGUUUCUCAAAUCCAUCUUUUUGGCCCCUGAUUGCGUUUUUAAGUUUCUUAAUUAGUGGUGCUUGAGCUGCUGUGUGCGUUUUGUCUGACCUCUCCUUUCAGCUGGAAGAAGUGACACGUUGUAUCCUUCUCUGUUCCUGCGACUCCCCUGGCUCAAAUAGUAAAUUCAGAAAGGAAAUACUUAAAUCAGCAGUAAGCAUAGAAUCUGUGGCUCAUAAGAACUGAUUCAGGUGGUAUAAAUGAAGACACCAGGUUCAAGACAAGUGGAUUUCAGUGCAUCAGGCGCCGCAUUUGUGCACGGAAGGAAUGAAACCAGUGGAGUUCUGGUUUCACUGAAUCAGAUUAUUAUUAUUAUUAUUAUUACUGUUACUUGAGGGGAAAAAAAAAAAAACAGGUUUUAGGGGCCUUCUUUUCUUAACAGAAAAGCUGUUGUACAGUGAGAUUUUGAUAGCAUAAGUAUUGUGUUUUUACUGGAGAUUGUCGGGUAGCAGUGACAGAACUUACGGUGUGGUGCUGUACAAACACUCCUUCCGUUUAUUUAUUGCUUUAAAAAUGGCCAUUUCCGUGAUGCGAAAUGAUGAUUUGGCUCCUUUCUGGGUAAUAAAGAAUUUAUUUUUAAGGGCAAAGUCAACCUGAUCUUAUUCUUUUGGCUGACUCUGGAGUUAGUUCUGCAGAUUGCCUUCCAGGAUACAGCCCAAAAGAGGAAAUGGUUCUCCUGAAACUUCAGAGAUGGUUUAAAUAUGCUGCUAAUGUCUGCGGGCAGAACUUCUGGAGUUGCCUAGAGUUGGUUCAGCUCCUUCUAGCUUAGAACUUGGGCUUUUAUUCUAUAAAAUGUGAAUAAAUUAUUUCCUAACCCUGAUUAACAGAAAAGGUUAUGAGGAAAGGCAUGAUUUCAUAGGAAAUUGCUUUGCCUGUUCCAGUAUUAAUUUAUGUGUUAUUAUUUCCUUUUACACGAUGAAGUGCAAAAUGUGUAUUUUUAGGGCUCACUUCCCAAUAUUUAAGUGCUGUUACAAAAAUAGAGAAAGAAUCGUGUGGACUCUGGAUUUGUGUUAGAUUCUGGCUCUGCACAAUUUCAUUUGGUGUGUGAAACAUUUAGGCUGGGAUUUGUAAGGGGGACUGAAUUGUUCAACCGCUUUCAAAGGGAGCCACCUGGAAGCUGUUCGCCUCCUGCAAAUGCUCAGUUGUGUUCUUUGUGCUUCAGUUUCCCUACUUUGGAGGCAUUGAGAUACCAGCAAGGGGUCGCAGCGGGGCCCAAGGAUGUACAGAUGUGAUGUGAGUUCAUCUGUAAAUUUCCUGGUAUGUCUACUGCUGUAACAGGGUCAUGCAGCUUGAAACUGCAAGUUGGAAUAAAACUCCAUGUACUGUAUUCACAGAUCAGAGAUUUCAUUACAUACAUUUUGAAGGCUUGCUUUGCUGAAGAAUAUAACCAGAUCUGUUCUGCAGCUCUUGAUGCGAAGCUUUCAUGCAUGCUCACUGUGGCAGGUCUUUAGAUCAGCUUUUUCUAUCAAGAGCAUGGCAGCAGGGGGAGCUUCCUGCUGAAAAUAACGACAGUUCCAAGUUGCAGUCUGUGCGUGUGCCCUCAGCACGUGUCUGAAACAAAAUUACUGUACUCACAGAGUAGAAGGAGACCCAAAAUGGGGCCCAACAUGUGAAUCUCUGGGCUUUUUCCCUGCAGCCUGCUCCACAGUAUUUGCACCCUUCUAGUUCAGUUCUGUGGUCAACAGGAAUAAUUUGCAUGGGGUACAAUAGGUGAUUAAAACGAGCGAGUGGCUCAUUUGCAAGAGGUGGUUUUUCAGAGUGACCGAAUCCAAGUCCUUGGGCAAUAUUGCCCACAUUCUGAUAAAGAGGUUUCUGAUACUGUUGUAUAUGUAUUUCAAUCUUGGACUGCUGCAAGAUUUUGUUUGGCAAGGUGAAACAUUUGUUUUAACAUGGUUUGUAAAUUAAUGACGUAUUUAACUGUGUACAUAGGUCUGUAGAAAGUGUGGAAACUGGAAUAAAAAGGGCAUAUGGAGA